UCAAAACAACAACAAAAACAAAAACGAUUACAGCUCUUGAUCACCGCUACCGCCUAUGGCGCCUUUAUAUUGGCAGCAACAACCUGCCCACAAAGCCACGAGCUUCAACAUCGCAGCCAAAGAACUUCCCGAGUUCGCGCGCAAAACACGCAAGCCAGCCGAAAGCCCGAAACCAUGAGGCGCCGCGGCGGCUUCUCGAGCACCUGGCUCCUCCUUCUCGUCGGCUUCCUCGCCGUCUCGCUCGUCCCGUCGUGUGCAGCGGCGGAGAUCAAGACCCGCCCCACGGAGUGGAGCUUCCGCCUCCUCCUCCCCAGCGGCGUGACCGGCGCCGAGAGUCUGGCCUUCGACGCGCGUGGCCAGGGCCCCUACACCGGCGUCUCCGACGGCCGCGUCCUCAGGUGGGGCGGAAGCGCCGUCGGCUGGACCACCUUCGCGCACCACGCCAACUACCGGAAGCUGGCCAUGUGCACCGUGCCCGUGGCGCCGUCGGAGCAGACGGAGAGCUUGUGCGGGCGCCCGCUGGGGCUCGCCUUCCACCGCAAGUCCGGCGACCUCUACAUUGCCGACGCCUACAAGGGGCUCAUGAGGGUCGGCGCCGACGGCGGCGAGGCCGAGGUGCUCGCCACGGGAGCCGGCGGCGUUCCCUUCAACUUUGUCAACGGCAUCGACGUCGAUCAGGCUACCGGCGACGUUUACUUCACCGACAGCAGCGUCAAUUACCCGCGAAGGUUCAACACGGAGAUCAUGAUGAACGCGGACGCCACAGGGAGGUUGCUGAAGUACGAUGCGAAGACGAAGCAGGUAACCGUUCUCAAGGACGGUCUGCCAUAUCCUAAUGGGGUGGCGGUGAGCUACGACGGGACAUACGUGGUCGUGGCGCACACCGUCCCGUGCCAGGCGCAUAGGUACUAUCUGCAAGGUCCAAAGGCCGGCCGCUACGAGCUACUCGCCGAUCUUCCGGGAUACCCGGAUAAUGUGAGGCGCGACGGGAAGGGCGGCUACUGGGUGGCUCUGAACCAGGAGAAGGCGCGCCCGGACGCGACCACGGCUCCGGUGAAGCAUCUGGUGGGAGUCCGCCUUGACGGCAAUGGCGUGGAGGUGGAGGAGCUCACGGCGGCUAAGGGCGUCACGCUGAGCGAGGUGACCGAGAGGAACGGGACAUUGUGGUUGGGCUCCGUCGAGCUUGACUACAUAGGAAUAGCUUCAUGAUUUCCUUACAGUGUUUUUAUUAGGAGAAUCAGUACAUACUCAUUAUGAGUAUGACAAUGCAGUCAGGUUUUGUUAGCACAAGUAUAACUAGAUCUUAAUUGGUUGGUAGAUGUAAUUAUCCUAGAACGUUUUUACUAAUAUUUUCUUAUUUA